AGAAGGGGAAAAAGAAAAAAAAACCCUCCGAGGCUUGUUAUGGAGUUCGUGUGAAGGGAAAACGGAUUUCCUCCCUUCUUUACCAGUUAAACCAGUAUCUCUGGAUAGAACGCACUCAAGUACUGCAACAGGUAGUGUCUCUGACCGCAAACUCUUCCGUGGCUCCUCUGAAAAUAAUCUCCCCCCUUUUCUCUCUCUGCGUUUAUCUCAAAGCGCUUUUGUUCGUUCUCCUUAUCACUUGGAAAAAGUUUUUACCCUUGUGGUCCCUGAUGGCUUCGCACAGUGAUACUCUGGUGGUGUUCUUUGGGGCAACAGCUGGUGCAAAUGGGGGUAAACUGGGUUCGGAUGAGAGGGAAAUAAUUCUCUUGGUGUGGCAAAUUGUGGAUCUACAUGAGAAAAAGGUCGGAAAGGUCCACAAGUACUUUGUCAAGCCGGACUCUUUGGAGCUGACAGACCAGUGUAAAGAAGAAACUGGGCUGAGUGUGGAUGACGUCAUUAGUGCAGAGCCUCUGGGCAAAGUACUGCAACAGUUCCAACAGUCUGUAACAUCAGAAGUAAAAUGCCUCGGCAGGAACUCCUACACCCUCCUGGUGGACAGCCCCCAUAUCAUCCGACAGGCCCUCCACCCAGAAGCCUCCAAAAAGAACUUUGUACUACCGGAGUGUUUCUUUUCAUUUUUUGACGUGAGGAAGGAAUUUCAAAAAUGCUGCUCAAAUGCAGGCCCGGUCCAGAAGCUCACACUCUCCUCUAUGCUGGAGUAUGUUGGCCAGCCUGCUGUAGCAGAGCAGCAGAUUGGGGUGAGAGAGGUGAGGAGCAUGGUGCAGCUCACUCGCUCCAUCCUGGCUGAGCCUCACAAUCACAAAUUCUGCUCUGUGGAAAGAGUGAUGUACAAGUUUGAUGCCGGAACAUGCAGUAAGACCGAACCAGUAGAUAGUGAGACGGUGAUCAGAGCGCGGGGCCUUCCAUGGCAGUCUUCAGACCAGGACAUUGCUCGAUUCUUCAAAGGACUUAAUAUUGCCAAGGGUGGCGUGGCCCUCUGUCUGAAUGCUCAGGGCAGGAGGAAUGGAGAAGCCUUGGUUCGUUUCAUCAACUCGGAGCAUCGAGACCUGGCUCUGGAGCGCCACAAACAUCACAUGGGCAGCCGAUACAUUGAGGUCUACAAAGCAACAGGAGAGGAGUUCCUGAAGAUUGCUGGAGGUACGUCCAACGAGGUGUCCCAGUUCCUGUCCAAAGAGAACCAGGUGAUCAUACGGAUGCGCGGGCUGCCGUUCACCUCCACGCCUCAGGAAGUUCUGAACUUCCUCGGCCCGGAGAGCCCGGUUACAGAUGGUUCUGAAGGUCUGCUCUUCGUCAAGUACCCUGAUGGACGGCCGACCGGUGAUGCCUUUGUGCUCUUCUCUUGUGAGGAGUACGCUCAGAACGCCUUAAAAAAGCACAAGCAGAUCCUGGGCAAGCGCUACAUCGAGCUGUUUCGGAGCACCGCGGCGGAAGUGCAGCAGGUCCUGAAUCGUUACAUGUCCGCUCCCCUGAUCUCCACGCUGCCCACUUCUUCCAUGGUGCCACUGCCGGUCCUCUCCACGCCUCCCUUCCUCCCAUCAGCCAGCAGCACCCGGGACUGCGUGCGCCUCCGCGGUCUGCCGUACACAGCCGGUAUCGAGGACAUCCUGGAGUUCAUGGGCGAUCACACUGUUGACAUCAAACCCCACGGAGUCCACAUGGUCCUCAACCAACAGGGUCGGCCUUCCGGAGAUGCCUUCAUCCAGAUGAAGUCACCUGACAGGGCGUUCCUGGUGUCCCAAAAGUGCCACAAGAAGACGAUGAAGGAUCGGUAUGUGGAGGUCUUCCAGUGCUCCACGGAGGAGAUGAGCAUCGUCCUGAUGGGAGGAACGUUGAACCGUAGCGGCCUCUCGCCUCCGCCCUGCAAACUUCCCUGUUUGUCACCUCCAACAGCCUACACCGCCUUCCCUCCUACUCCUGCCAUUCUCUCUGAGGCUGCUCUUUACCAGACCCCCUUGCUGGCUCCCCCCAGACCCCCACAGGCCACCAUCCACAGCUCCGCCCACACUCUGGCCUACUACCCCCCUCAACCGCAUCUCUACAUGAACAUGAACUACACGGCUUACUACCCCAGCCCCCCAGUUUCUCCCUCCACAGUCGGCUACUUUGCAGCUCCCCCCGGAGCCAUGGCAGCAGCGGUUGCAGCGCAGUCCCACCCCUCCGCUGCCGCGACCUCCUCUAUGCUGCCUCAGCCAGGCGCCCUGAUGAGGAUGCAGGGUUUGCCCUACAACACCGGGGUCAAAGACAUCCUCAGCUUCUUCCAGGGAUAUCAGCUCCAACCAGACGCAGUGCUUAUUCUGUAUAACUUCAGUGGCCACUGCAGCGGCGAGGCUUUGAUCACUUUCCCUAGCGAAGAGAUGGCCCGACGGGCCGUAGCAGAGUGCUCAAACCACCAGUUCUUUGGCCAGCAGGUCCACUUGGCGCUCUGUAACUGACCACCAGCCCUCCAUCUCUCUCCACCUCGUUCGCUUUCUGCAAAGUGCCAUCUCUCUCCAGCGAAACCUCCAGACUCCACUUUGUCUCUGCAGAACGCUUUUCUCCUCUGAGCCGUCACCGCUGGUCAGACACUCGUGCGGCCGCCGUUAGUUUUUUUUUUAACUGACUUUUACAACCUGUACCACCUGAUUGUGGAGAGGAGAUGACUUUGGAGCCCUGACGGACUCUGAUGUGGCUCUGCAAAACUGAACUUGCAAAUAUAUUUAAGUACUUUAUAAAUGUGUCGCUUAUGGAAUUGUACAAACGUUUGUCCUGAAAAGCUUGAGGCUGUACAAACAUCCAUGCACCAAAUGUUUCUAUAAAUUUCUAAUGAUUUCACUUGGACAACUAAAGGAUUUAAACUUUUGUGUUCAUGAACUUGUCUAGGCUUGAUGUUUAUUAUUUGAUGUCCUCCAGCAGCGUAAGGAUGGAGAAGUAAGCCAUAUAAACUGCUUUAGAGUAGAAACGCUGGCGUGCAUCUGUACGUUAAAAUGAGUUUUGAGCUUCAGGGACGUUCUGCUUCACCAGACUUCACCACAGCUGUUCCCGAACACCAAAUCACCCAUGACUUUGUUUUUCUGUUGUAAAAGCAUUUAUUGUUCUUGGACAUCCACAUGUUUUCUAAGCACUGCAGCUUCCUCUCUGCUCCAGCUGUGGGGAAAAUGAGCUGCACAUCUGUAAUAGCUAGAUAAAUUAAUCCUAUUUUUAUGAAUGCAGUUUCUUUAGAAGAGCUGGGACUUUUGUUAUUAAAUGUAAAACAACCGAGGCUUUUUGCUGAAUUUUUUAUAACGACCAACCACAGCUGCUGCAUAUUUUGUUUCCAGGCUGCGAUUCCUGCCUGCAACCAGACUACUGAGUAAAGUUGCAUGACUUUGAUUUUCCUUCCUGUGAAAAGCCUACUGACGGUUUAGCUUUAGUUGAUCCCCUUUACUGUGCCUACAUUACCCAGAGUGCAAUAUUGGCCCAACAGAGGCUAAGUCAGCUUCUGGUGGAGGACGACAUGUUUCUUAUGUUGUGAGAACACGUGCAUGAAAUUAAGUCUUUGUAUAGAUUGUAAACAAUAAAAAUAUCAAAUGUAAA